GCAUCGCAUUUGGGCAAGGUGCAUCGUAGAUAUGUGUAGAUCAGUUGUUCUUAACCUGGGUUCGAUCGAACCUUAGGGGUUAGUGAGUCGGUCUCAGGGGUUCGGUAGAGCCUCCACUACGGAAAUCCGAACAGCUGAUUAUCGUGUAAAUCCGUGAUGAUGCAUAUCUGAACUGGUCUCGUAAAGGCAACAGCAGAAGGUACACUGAUUUGCAGACGAUGACAUCACCAGAAAUGAUGAACAGUGAAGAAUUGCCACCUUCGAGACAUUCAUACUAGAUGACACACUGCAGAAGCAGCCACUUGCAGAAGCAGCCACUUGCAGGAGCGUCCUUCGAUCGGGAUUUUGACAUUAGGCAGAGAGGAUCGGCCAUUCGCAGACUGUGCAUCAGACUGAAGUGAAGAUCAAGCACGUUGCGGAUGGAACAAGUUAAUGAGAUCCGCGGUGUAGAGAGCAACUCUACUCUGUGUCCCACCAUUGAUGACUUCCGUAAUCAGGUUUAUUCCACAUCCUACUCCCUCAUCACGGUGUUAGGCCUGUCCGGAAAUGGCUUUGCAUUGGUGGUGCUGAUCGGAACGUCGCGACCGAGUUCUCCGUUCCAAGUCUACAUGCUCAAUCUGGCUGUGUCCGACCUGCUGUGCGUGAGCACUCUGCCAAUGCGGGUUGUGUAUUACGUCAACAAGGGACAGUGGAACCAGGGAGACUUCCUAUGCCGCAUCACCUCCUGCACCUUCUAUAUCAACCUGUACUGCAGCAUUUACUUCAUGGCGGCCAUGUCUGUGACGCGUUUCUUUGCCAUUGUAUUCCCUGUGCAGAACCGACUCAUGGUGACAGUGAAACGUGCACGCCUGGUGUGUGUGGCCAUUUGGAUUUUUAUCUGUCUAGCCUCGUCACCCUUCCUGAUGCUUGGCCAGAAAUUUGACCCCGCCACCAAUAAAACAAAGUGCUUUGAACCUCCGAUAGGGCAAGAUGUGUCAAAAGUAGUCAUGUUGAACAAUUUGUCUUUAGUGCUUGGUUUCCUCCUCCCCUUCCUUAUAAUACUGCUUUGCUAUGCUGGUAUUAUCCACACCCUACUGUCCCGCACGUCGGGGACUAGACGUCAGCACGACACGGGCCCUAAAGCCAUUCGAAUGAUCGUCAUCGUCCUACUAACCUUCUUAGUUAGCUUCAUGCCGUAUCAUGUGCAACGCUCCAUCCACAUACACUCCUUGUACGGCACUUCCUGUUCAGAAAGGAUUGUUAUGCAAAAGUCAGUUGUUGUGACGUUGUGUCUCGCUGCAGCCAAUUCAUGCUUUGACCCUCUGCUUUACUUUUUCUCUGGGGAGGGUUUUCUCAACCGUCUUUCUUCCAUGCGCCUGUCACGAUCAACUUCUGUUAGGUUGAACGUCACUAGUAUAGAGACUGGCGUCAGCCGAAACCCCAGUGCCACUUCAUUUAUCCCCAACAUGAGCUCAGUCCGAUAAGGUGAAUGACACAUUCAAAAAGGUUGACUUCUCACCAACUAACGUAUUGUAAUUUUAUGAACAAAAAUUAAAGCCCUGGAAUCUGAAGACUCC